UGCAGCCACGAUGAUCCAGAAUGUGGGAAGUCACCUGCGGAGGGGCUUUGCCUCUGUGUUCUCGAGCCGCACGUCCCGGAAGUCAGCCUCCCGUGCAGAGGACGACGGCGCCAUGGCGGAUGGCGAGGGGUACCGGAACCCCACAGAAGUGCAGAUGAGCCAGCUGGUGCUGCCCUGCCACACCAACCAGCGCGGCGACCUGAGCGUCGGGCAGCUGCUCAAGUGGAUCGACACCACGGCCUGCCUGUCCGCGGAGAGGCACGCUGGCUGCCCCUGCGUCACGGCCUCCAUGGACGACAUCUAUUUUGAGCACACCAUUAGUGUUGGACAAGUGGUGAAUAUCAAGGCCAAGGUGAACCGGGCCUUCAACUCCAGCAUGGAGGUGGGCAUCCAGGUGACCUCCGAGGACCUGUGCUCUGAGAAGCAGUGGAAUGUGUGCAAGGCCUUGGCCACCUUUGUGGCCCACCGGGAGAUCUCCAAGGUGAAGCUGAAGCAGAUCAUACCACGGACAGAGGAGGAGAAGACCGAGCACAGUGUGGCAGCCGAGCGCCGGCGCAUGCGCCUGGUCUAUGCGGACACCAUCAAGGACCUCCUGGCCAACUGUGCCAUUCAGGACGAUCUGGAGAGCAGAGACUGCAGCCGCAUGGUGCCAGCAGAGAAGACCCGCGUGGAGAGCGUGGAGCUGGUCCUGCCUCCCCAUGCCAAUCACCAGGGCAACACUUUCGGGGGCCAGAUCAUGGCCUGGAUGGAGAACGUGGCCACCAUUGCAGCCAGCCGGCUCUGCCGUGCCCACCCCACACUGAAGGCCAUCGAGAUGUUCCACUUCCGAGGCCCAUCCCAGGUCGGGGACCGUCUGGUGCUCAAGGCUAUCGUGAACAACGCAUUCAAGCACAGCAUGGAGGUGGGUGUGUGUGUGGACGCCUAUCGCCAGGAGGCAGAGACCCACCGGCGGCACAUCAACAGCGCCUUCAUGACCUUUGUGGUCCUGGACGCAGACGACCAGCCCCAGUUGCUACCCUGGAUCCGGCCCCAGCCUGGGGACGGCGAGCGGCGGUACCGAGAGGCCAGUGCCAGGAAGAAGAUCCGCCUGGACAGGAAGUACAUCGUGUCCUGUAAGCAGACAGAGGUGCCCCUCUCUGUCCCCUGGGACCCUAGCAACCAGGUGUACCUGAGCUACAACAACGUCUCCUCCCUGAAGAUGCUCGUGACCAAGGACAACUGGGUGCUGUCCUCAGAGACCAAUCAGGUCCGCCUGUACACUCUGGAGGAUGACAAGUUCCUCUCCUUCCACAUGGAGAUGGUGGUGCAUGUGGAUGCGGCCCAGGCCUUCCAGCUGCUCUCUGACCUGUCUCAGAGGCCGGGGUGGGACAAGCACUACCGGAGCGCAGAGCUGUUGCAGCAGGUGGACGAGGACGAUGCCAUCUACCAUGUCAUCAGCCCUGCCCUUGGUGGCGAAGCCAAGCCCCAGGACUUCGUGAUCCUGGCCUCACGGCGGAAGCCUUGUGACAGCGGGGACCCCUAUGUCAUUGCUCUGAGAUCGGUCACGCUGCCCACACACCGAGAGACACCGGAGUACAGACGUGGGGAGACGCUCUGCUCGGGCUUCUGUCUCUGGCGUGAGGGGGACCAGCUAACCAAGGUGUCCUACUACAACCAGGCCACCCCAGGCCUUCUCAACUAUGUGACCACCAACGUGGUUGGCCUCUCCUCCGAGUUCUACACCACCUUCAAGGCGUGCGAGAAGUUCCUCCUGGACAACCGGAAUGAUCUGGCCCCCAGCCUGCAGACCCUCUAGGUGCCCUCAGUGGCCACAGCACACCCACCCCCACUCCACGCUGCCCCCAAGGAUGCACCUGCAGCUCAUGGAGGAAGGCAGAGGCAUCUAUUCUUCCCUGCCUCCCCCAUGGGAAGCCUUCACCCAGAGGCCCCCGGGCCCACCACCACUGGGUGCUCAGUUCCUGCCAGCAUCUGCCAGCAAGUCCUCGCGGCAGCCCUGGGGCAGCCUGUAGUAGACUCGGGUCCUGUCCACGGCCCUUGCUGCCAGCAGCGCUGCCUUCACAGAGGCGUAGUUACCCCCGGCAGAGCUGUGCUCCACUGUGACCGUGGCCCGGGGAGAGGCUGCCAGCAGCCUGGCCACUGCUCCAGCUGUGCUCUGGCCCAAUGGCCUGGCCUGCAGCUGGAAGGACACAGGUUGCCAGAGCCCCUGGCACAGCUCCAGCAUAUCCGUAAGCAGCUGUUCCCUGUAGCCACUGCCCAGCACCUCUGCAGGCCAGCCUGGUGCCACGGUCACGUGGGGGAAGACCUCCGCCACAGCUGUAAGCAACUCUCUGCCGUCCACGUGGCCAGGGACCACAAAACUCCCAUGGGAGAUAGUGGCCCCAACCCACACAGGCCGAGGCAGGAAGCCAAGGGCGGAGAGGCGUGCUAGCAAGGCCAGGGAUGGCCGGAGGGCUGUAGGCUCUGCAAUUUGCAGAUGGACGCCCCAGCGUCCGGGGUGUGUGGCCAGCUGCAGCAGGCACGACUCCAGCAUCAGGACAGGGCCACCUGGGGCAUGGACGAUGGGCACGGGGUCCUCGGCUGCGGUUCCCUGGAGGCCAACGUUCAGCAGGAUCAUGCCUGCUCUGUCUGGAAGAGGUACAGAGGCAACAGUGUCUAGGGUUUGGGUGUCAAAGUCCCUUGUUAAAGGGGCAGUGGAGGACUCUGGGGACAGCCAAGAACAAGGAGUUGGUGCCUUGCCGCUCCGGAAUCUGUCCACCCAGUUCUAGGCUCCAGGUGGAAGGGUGGCUUUAUAAAUGUGCCUGGUGCGUGAGAAACUUCUAGUUUGACUCUUGGCCUUCACCUGUGCCUCAGCCCUGGGGCCUGUGCCCGCCUUGUCUGCAGCAAAAUGUGGCUGAGGACUGACGGGUCCUGGCCUGAAGGCCAAGAGGCCUCUGGACACCACUGUUCUCUCCCUCUCCCAGGCCCACCUUGUAUCCAGGCUGGUGUGAAUAGACCCAUGUUGCCAUGGUAACAG